AUGGAGGGUCGAAUUGUCCUCUAUACGGCGCUCGCCAUUGCUAUAUGGGUACUCCAAGUUCUCUUGAAGUUCAGGUCGCCUCUGCGUCGCGUACCGGGUCCGUUCUACACCAAUGUGACUAGACUCCCGCUCAAGCUGUCCAUCAUCACGGGGCAACGCAUCUACUUCGUCCACCGUCUUCACCAGAAGUACGGGCUGAUCGUCCGCAUCGCGCCGGAUGAAGUCUCCAUCGCCUCACUGGAAGACUUCAAGGAGAUCCACCGUGUCGGAUCAUCCUUCCUCAAGAGCGAGUGGUACGAGAAGUUCACGGGGCCCGGGGAGCCGGGCGUCUUCAACAUGCGUGACCCCAGGCAGCAUGGGCAGCGGCGGAAGCUCUUCGCGCGACCUUUCUCCAAGUCCGAGCUGCGGCGGACCUGGGAGCCCGUGGUAAAGGAGAAGGUGCAGUUGGCUGUUUCCCGGAUCCGAGGGGAGCUGGCUGCGGAGGGCCGGGCGGAUAUUUUGAAAUGGUGGACUUUCUUGGCUACCGAUGUCAGUGGCCAUUUGAUGUUUGGGGAGUCGUUUGAUAUGUUGACACUGGGGAAGAAAAAUGAGUAUAUUCAGGUGCUCGAGAAAACCAUGAUGGGUUCUGGAAUCAACGCGGAACUUCCGAUUGUGGGGUUUAUCGGUCGCCAUGUUCCCCUUCCGGCAUUCAGGACGAUGUUCCGCGCCACAGAGUAUCUCUUCCAGUAUGGACAGCGAGCCGUCAUCAAUAGCAGGGCGACGGGAAAUGCAGCCAGGAACAUCUUCGCUGGAAUAAUCCACGAGUCCGAGAAGGACCAUGCAACCCUCACGGAUAAAGAUGUGAUACAAGAGGCGGGGAACCUGAUUGUGGCCGGUUCUGAUACCACGGCAGUCACGCUGACGUAUCUCGUUUGGGCUGUACUGUCCCAGCCUGACCUGCAGCGCGAAAUUGAAGAAGAAGUUAGCAGUCUCAGAGCCGACUUCGACGAGGCUGCACUGGAAGAGCUGCACCUGCUGAAUGCUGUCAUCAUGGAGACAUUGAGACUGUAUGGAGCGGCUCCGGGCGCUCUCCCUCGCACUGUUCCUGAAGGUGGAGCGACAAUGUCAGGCCAUUACCUCCCACAGGGUAUCACAGUGAGCACACAGAGUUAUACAAUCCAUCGCAACGAGGUUCUCUAUCCGAAUCCCGAAGCUUUCAACGCGAAACGUUGGAUUUUGGGUGAUGGGCCGAUUUCCAACCCAGCCAACAUCGGCUUCUCCCCAUUCGGGACUGGGUCGAGAACUUGUCUUGGAAUUCAUUUGGCUUGGAUGGAGCUGCGAUUGGCAGCAGCGGAGUUUUUCCGUGAAUGCAAGGGGGUGAGACUGGCCCCUACUGCUACCUGGGAGACCAUGAAGCCGGAGAACUACUUCUUGAUCGCCCCAGCAGGGCACCAGUGCGAAAUUCUGCCUGCUUGA